CCUUCGCAUAUCCUCUGGUGCGCAAGGAUGGCGUCCAAAAUGACCCCGACGACGAACUUGGAUGAGAGUCUUCCCCGCAAACUGACAGCCGUCGGCGUCCUCGGUGAAGUGGGAGCGGCGUACACGGUGUACGAGAAGAACUGGUUCUGUGCUGAAUGCAAGCACGAGAACUAUGCUCGUCGACCGCGGUGUCUUCGGUGUCGUGCACCGAAAGUCCAAGCUCCCGAUGCGCUCGUGUACAGCAAAUCGAACGAAGACAGCAAGUGGCGCGAAGCAUUGGAUCCUUCGACGAACAAGAUUUACUACUAUCACAUUGAGACACAGGAAACGCAGUGGGAACGCCCGAAGGAAAUGGGCGCUGCGCCGCACUCGACGGGGUGGUUUGGUCGCGGGCAAGCGGGCCACGACAACUCGAACAAGUACGAAGAUCUAAACACCAAGUACCUUGCACGACCGGCGCGGAAACAAGUCGACGCGAUGCCGAACCGGAACACUCGCAUGGAAGGCGCGAACGAGUACAACAUUUGGUACGACAAGUACAUUGGAGACCAUUGGGACCACACAAAGGAGAAGGACCCAGCCGAGCACCGAUGCUGCCUCGAAACCGACGCCGGCCACACGAAAGCCGACAAAAUCGGGAAGGCGAACAAGUUCUUUUGUCUUCACUUUGCCCGCGGGGGAUGUGCCCGUGGCGCCACUUGCAACUACUUUCACCGGCUCCCGACCAUGGCCGAUGAGUUACGUCUCGGCAUGCUGCACGACUGCUUUGGCCGGGAGCGCCACGCGACAGACCGCGACGACAUGAGCGGCACAGGCAACUUUAUGCGAAACUCACGAACGCUGUACGUGGGUGGGCUCAAGGGCAAGAGCAUGACUGAAGACGUGAUCAUGAGUGCAUUUGCCGAAUGGGGCGAAGUCGAGAACGUCAACAUCGUGCACCGCCUCUCCGUCGCGUUUGUUCGGUACCGACAUCGGACGUCGGCCGAGUUUGCCAAGGAAGCCAUGGCAAACCAGGCGCUGGAAGGAGACGAAAUUUUGAGCAUCAAGUGGGCCAUGGACGAUCCGAACCCUGUCGCAAAGCAAGCGGCCCAGCGCGCCGACGCCGACGCUGUUGUUGCCAUGCUCAAAAGCCGCAACAUUUCGACCGCCCCGGCGCCAUUCCAGUACCCCGAAGGCUACCACAUCCAGCCGUCCAAGAAACAAAAAACUGCCAACGACCCGACCAUGUACCCAAGCACUGACGACCAGUACGUCCACAAAGCACUCGAAGACGAAAAGCAGGCGGCGCUCUUGUCGUAUGCAGUCGAGGACGAGUAAAGGACCAGAUGUGGCUGAGUUAAGUCUCAACCAACGCCUACUUUUAGCAGUAUUUCAUGCAAACCUCAAUGGACAGCGGUGUGUCUACACGAUGUCGACCACGCUGAGGUCCACAUGCGUGUCCAUCGGUGGUGGA